AUGAGUGCAAGACCGAAGACUACCGCCUGGGGCGUCUUCGGCCGGGCGUCGGCAGCAGUGCUGCUGGCCACCUGCUUGAUCGCUCUUGCCCAGCCAGUCUACGCCUUCCAGGCCCGCCUCGACAGCUUUGAUGCCAGCGAGUCGACCAUCGCGAGCGUCCAUGAUGCCCUCAUGUCAGGCACUGCAUCGUGCCGAGACAUUGUAUCCUCCUUCAUUGCCCGGAUCGAGGCUUUCAACCCCACCAUCAACGCAAUCAUGACCCUCAACCCCAGGGCCCUGGAGAUCGCCAACCUCGACAUGCGGCUGCGAGUGGGCAACACCACGGGAAAGCUGUUUUGCGUGCCGGUACUUCUCAAGGACAGCUUCGACGCAACCCCAAUGUACACAACGGGUUCUUCCUUGGCCCUGGCUAGGAACCUUCCCCAGGCAGACGGCCCCGUCGUCGACGCUUUUCGCAAAGAGGGCGCGGUCAUCCUCGGCAAGACAAGCCUCCACGAGAUGGCCCUCGAAGGCAUCUCCGUCUCGUCUCUGGGCGGUCAGACCAUCAACCCGUAUGACCAUACUCGCACACCUGGUGGCAGCAGCGGCGGUACCGGGGCAGCAGUUGCUGCCAGUUUCUCCGUCUUCGGUACUGGCACGGACACGAUGAAUAGUCUACGCAGCCCCGCAAGUGCGAAUAAUCUCGUGAGCGUGCGUCCAACACGAGGGCUGAUCUCAAGAUCCGGGGUCAUCCCAGUCAGCCACACGCAGGACACGAUUGGGCCCAUUGCGAGGACAAUUGAUGAUCUUGCCGUCGCGCUGACCGUGAUGGCAAGUGUGGGAAGCGAUCCGUCUGACAACGUGACCCUGAUGGUUCCAGCUGAUGAGAGAGCUAAAGACUACUCUGAGAACCUUCACUUGGGCCAGCUGCAAGGUUUAAGGAUUGGGCUGCUCGACGGCUUUUGGAACCACACGGGCUCUGACGAAACAACGCCAGUCAACAGGGUCAUGGAAGAGACCUUGGGAUUCCUCAAGGGCCAAGGAGUUCGCAUCGUCAACAUCACCGACUCAAUCUACAAUGCCACACGGAUCGGCGCGGCUCUCGACGUACAGAGGUACGAGUACAAAGAAGUCCUUGAUGCUUACCUUGGCAGCCCGGGCCUCGAAGGAGACGGGCCGCGCAGCUUCGCAGAGCUAUAUGCAAGCAAGAAGUUCUUCGUGUUGCCUUACCAGUAUACUUUCAUUCAAAGCGCCUUGUACUCGUCAACGAGAAACGAAUCUUACAAAGCAGCACUUCAUGGCGUCAAUGUGCUAGCACAGACGUUGAAAGACACUUUCGAGGAGAACCAGCUAAGCGCGAUCAUGUAUCCCGAGCAGAGAAAUCUCGUCGUCAAGCUUGGCUCGCUGUCGCAGGUCGGGAGGAACGGCAUCCUUGCAGCACUAACCGGACAUCCUGUCGUGACAAUCCCAGCUGGAUUUUCGACUCCAACCGAGGACGCUCCACUUGGUGUUCCCGUAGGCUUGGAACUCCUUGGAAUGCCAUACUCGGAAGAUCGAUUGCUGCAGAUGGCUUGGCAAAUAACGCAUACCCGACCGCUACGCAGAGCUCCCCUUUUUUCACAAGACAUGGUUGAAAUGUCCACCUAUUCCACGGUGCCGGCCAUUCGGCCCGCCAAGGACAACAUCUCGCCAUCGUAUCCGAUCGGAGUCCUGUCAUGA